AUGCUCUGUUCUACUUUGUCCCUCUGCCUCUUGCUGAUCACAGUUUCUGCCAACCUUGCCAUCGCUAUCAAAAAAGAGAAGAGACCUCCCCAGACACUCUCAAGAGGGUGGGGAGAUGACAUCACUUGGGUACAAACUUACGAAGAAGGGCUCUUUCACGCUCACAAAAGUAACAAGCCACUGAUGGUUAUUCUCCACCUGGAAGACUGCCAAUACUGUCAAGCACUAAAAAAGGAAUUUGCCAAAAAUGAAGAAAUACAAGAAAUGGCUCAGAAUAGCUUUAUCAUGCUGAAUCUCAUGCAUGAGACCACGGACAAGAACUUAUCUCCUGAUGGGCAGUAUGUGCCAAGGAUCAUGUUUGUCGACCCUUCUUUGACUGUCAGAGCUGAUAUAACUGGGAGAUACGCUAACAGACUCUACACGUAUGAACCCCAGGACUUACCUUUGUUAAUAGACAACAUGAAGAAAGCACUAAGACUCAUUCAGUCAGAACUGUGA